AUGAAAUUAAGAACCCAUUUUUUCUUUCUUUCUCAUUGAGUGGGGAAGGCAGUGUGCUGUGUUGUGUCUAGGAAACAGCACUCUCUCUCUCUCUCUCACUCAAUAUUUUCCAUUUCUAUUCUUUUCUACUAAUUUCUUUCUUUCUUUCUACGCUCAUUCCCUCACUCUAUCUAUCUAAUCUAUUCACUCCUUCAAACACACUCUUCUCCUUCUUCUCUUAGGGUUCCGCGACUGUGAGUGAUGCUUCUUGCGAAAUGGAUAACAGCCUGAACAAUCCGAGCGACAACGGGGAAGACCCGCCACCGCCGCCGCCGGUUCCCAUGCAAGUCGACGGCUUCCAACCGUUCCAUUACGCCAAUUGUUCCGAUGAAGGGGAAGAAGCCGUUCCGGUCACCAAUGCUUCUUCUGCUAUGCACGCCAGAGCCAGCGAACUCACCAUUUCCUUCGAAGGCGAAGUCUAUGUUUUCCCAGCAGUUACGCCGGAAAAGGUGCAGGCCGUAUUAUUACUCUUGGGAGCGCAGGAAAUGACAAAUAGUGCCCCCACCUCUGACAUUUUGCUGCAGCAAAACUAUCAGGACAUUAGGGAAAUAAAUGAUCCUUCCCGAAGUUCAAAGCUUUCACGAAGAUUUGCAUCACUUGUUAGGUUUCGUGAAAAACGAAAAGAGAGAUGUUUUGAGAAGAAAAUCCGGUAUUCUUGCCGUAAAGAGGUUGCCCAGAGGAUGCAUCGUAAGAAUGGACAGUUUGCAUCAAUGAAGGAAGACUACAAAUCUCCUGCUGAAAAUUGGGAUUCAAGCAAUGGUACUCCUUGCCCAGAAUCUACUGAACGUAGAUGCCAGCAUUGUGGAAUUAGUGAGAAGUCUACUCCAGCUAUGCGUCGAGGACCAGCAGGUCCAAGAUCUCUGUGCAAUGCCUGUGGGCUCAUGUGGGCAAAUAAGGGAACUCUGAGAGAUCUCAGCAAAGCAGCAAGGAUUGCUUUUGAACAAAAUGAACUGGAUACUUCAGCUGAUAUAAAGCCUUCAACAACAGAAGCCGAACAUUCUUUUGCUAAGCAGGACAAGGAGGGAAGCCCUGAAGAAACUAAGCCUGUGCAAAUGGAUUCCAGUCGGUCACCUGAGAAGACAAAUGACCAGUUUAUUAUCGGAACUGCUGAAUCAGUUACUGACAACUUGUCCAUCCAAGUGGAGAAUCAUGCUCUUAGUCUACAUGAGCAGGAUACUCUUGAGGAUCUUGCUGAUGCUUCCGGGACCGAAUUUGAGAUUCCUGCAGGUUUUGAUGAUCAGGUUGACAUUGAUGAUUCCAACAUGAGGACUUACUGGCUGUGAUCUAGAGAUAUUGCUAUGCACAAUCAGCAUGGUCUGUUCACAAUGGAAACAAAUGUGCACUGCUGGUUCAACUAACAUUAGACUUCUAGAAAUAGUUUAUGUUUUAUAGACAAACUAUUUCUGGAAGCAGCUGUGAAUUAUAUGAUUGUAGACUUACAAUUUCUUACAUUAGUUCCUGUACAUCCCUUUGGAACCAGAUUUCAUUUAUAUAAUGUGAAUAGUUGAGUUUUUUUUAAAAAAAACCUUU